CCGCGUGACGUCUGAUGUGUGGGAACCAGGAAGUGGGAUAGCGCGGUUAGGGUUGGAUACGGAUAGCAUACAAGCAAAGAUUUGAAGCAAGUGGACGCAAACCGAAAGAGUAGGAUGAGGUUAUAUCUCAGGGGUUAGCAGAUGGACUUCCUCACUCUAUUUGCUGUAUAUGUUGUGGUCGUGUUGACUUGCAUCGUCCUUGUUUGCAAAUAUGCUGGUCAGGAGCAGACUGCCUUGGGGCGCCACUACGGCAGCCUGACAAAUGCAGUCUCUCCAUAUGUUCCACAAUGGCUGACAAGAUUAUGCAGUCGAGCUGUCCACAGGCUGUUUCAUGAAAGGAACAACCUAUUUAUUUACAUGCAUCUCCUGUUGGAAUGUGCAGUGUACACAGAGUACUCCUAUGAAGUGUUCGGAUACUGUAAGGAGUUGGACACUUCUCUGACAAACCUAUGUGUUCCUUAUGUGCUGUUGGUCUUGCAUCUCGUCCUUUUCUACCUCUGCUGUACCCGCGACCCUGGCACGGUGACAAAAGCUAAGCAUGCCACCCAGGUGAAAGUAUAUCCAUAUGAUGGAGAGCUCUUUCAUCCAGGAGAGACAUGUCCAACAUGCAACCUGGUGAAACCAGCCAGGUCGAAACAUUGCAGGGUGUGCAACAGAUGUGUGCAGCGGUUCGAUCACCACUGCGUUUGGGUGAACAACUGCAUCGGCGCCCAGAACACCCGCUACUUCCUGCUGUACAUGCUGAGCGUGUGUGCCAUGGCAGGGGACAUCGCCAUACUGACUGUGGACCUGCUGCUGAACGUGGUGGUCAGGACGGGUCUCCUGCACGCGCACUACGUUGACGCCCAAGGCCAGCAGCAGCCCACGGGCAUCGUCUUCAUUGUCCAGCAUCUCUUCCUGACAUUCCCCAGGAUUGUGUUCAUGCUGGGCUUCCUCAUCUUUGUCUUCUUCCUGCUGGCGGGCUACGCCAUGUUCCACCUGUUCCUGGCGCUGGGGAACCACACCUCUAACGAGUGGUACAAGGCACGGGGCCGAGGCUGUCAGCACUGCCACCCACACGCAGGGAAACACAACCACACACACUUCAACCCACUCAGGGGGUUUUACAGCAGGGGAGUCCUCAAGAACCUGAGAGAAAUCUUUGUUCCUUUGAAACCUCUAAAGAAAAAGAAACACAAGUGAAGCUUUGAACAAUUUUUUUAUGUUGUCACUUAAUAUUUUCUAAUGACUGCUGUAACUUUUUCAAAGUACAUGUACACAGAAUAAAAAUGUUUUUAUGAGUA